AUGAAUAUAAAUUCUUUUGAAAUAUUUUUAGAAGAGUUUAAAUUUAAUAUCAAGAGGCACAAUUACUCGCUUACUCGAUAGUAAAUAGAAAAACUAGCAAAAAAGAAAUGGAUGGCAUUGGAAGACUCUGAGAAAUUUAGAUUUAUGGUUAUGACACACACUGACUAGGUUGAUCAAUAAAUAAAUGAGUUCUAAAUUAAUGAUUAUAAUUUCAAAAAUGAAUUUUCUGAAUAAGCUAUAUUGUUAAAAAGAAUUCUUUAAUCAAGAAAUAAAGAGUUCAUUAUAAAUACUAUUUAAAUCGAAGAUUGGAAUACAAACAUAGAAGCAGUUAGUUUAUUUGCAAUUAGAUCUUAAAGAACCUCAAAAUUACUAUGGCAUACAUUAAGAGAUGGCUUAAUAAAUGAAACAAGGGAAGCUGAACUAAUAAAAGUCAUUGAAAAUCGCUUAAAUGAUUAACUUCAAUUUGAAUGA